AUGAUCAGUGACUUGCUGCAGGAGGAUGAUCUUGGUCAUGUGCAAGCAUUCUUCCUCUGGGAUGUUGAAGAUGAAGAAGAUAGGUCCAUGACUGUAGAAGAUUCUCUGAAACAGUUGCUCCACAGUGAUCAUAAGCCAAUACAAGAGGAAAAAGAUGAAACCCCUCCUCCUCCAACAAGAACGGAGCUUCAAGUUAAAAUAGACAACCUGUAUGAGAAAAUACAGAAACUUAUCCCUGAUGCCCCAUUUACAUAUUUCAACAGAAGCACCAGUGGGAAAAAUAGUAAAGCCUUCAUAGUUAACCCCAAGCAGCAAUACUGUGUGGGAGAAGACUUGGUGGUACAGCUUGAUAUGUACGACUAUUUGGGUAACAGGAAGGCAUACGGUGGAGACUUUAUACGGCCGAGGUUGUUUUCUCCAGAGCUUGGGGCAUCUGUAUCUGGCAGGGUAGAGGAUUUCAACAAUGGCUCUUAUCAUGUCCACUUUCCAUUGUACUGGGAUGGACAAUCCAAAGUUUCCAUCUUGUUGUUCCACCCCAGAGAAGGGGUGGCAGCUCUUUGGAGAUCUAGGCAUACCAGUCCAGGCGUUAUUGGAUUGGAAGGAAAGUUUGAAAAAUUUGGCAAGGAAGCCAAAACGCCAUGUGGCUUUGAGCUUGACAAGGGAAAGGGCAAGGAGAUCUGUGAGUACGUAGAUCCGGACUAUGAAGAGGUCUUCUAUUGCUACAAAGUGCCCAACUUCACCUGUGAAAGCCUGAAUGAAAUGAGAGGUUUUGAUCUCCAUGUUUCGUAUCUUACUCCUGGAGAAAAGCAACUUUUUAUGAGGUCAAAUAUUGCUGUUGAAAUCCCCCAAAAGUUCCCACCUAUAAUAGUAUCCCGAUGUAAUGGCUCGACAUUUACUCCCAAGCCAAAAUGUCAGACAGGAAUGGGGUCUCCUUUCCAAAGUGGAUAUUUUUUCCAAAAUAUUUGGAAUCCCGUCUACUGCAAUAUGACUGUCUACAGAACCGGAGAAUACUUUUUGAGAUGUCUGAAAGGAAAGAAUCUUUUCCUCAUAGGAGAUUCUACAUUGCGGCAGUUCAUGAUGCACUUUACUGAAGGCAUCAAAAUUGUGAAUUACUUCCGUUACCCUCUAAAAGGAUGGGCCGGUUGGGCAAAGACCCUUGAAGCCCUAAAUAUGGAAAAUGACCUUUAUGUCUCCUAUAAAAGACAUGGCUUUCCCCUGGAGCAUAGUGCUUUCUACUACUUCAAGGAAGACAUGUACACGAGCCGUCAGAUUGAUAUACGCGGCGGAGGGAAGGACACCAUUUUUGUUAUAACACUGGGCCAGCACUUCAGACAGUUCCCUCUUAAACUUUUCAUCAAACGGGCACUCAACAUCCACCGAGAGGUAGAACGCCUCUUCCUCCGGAGUCCGGACACCAAGGUUAUCAUUAAAUCAGAAAACACCAGGGAGAUCUUUGCCCCAGUGGAAAGACAAGGGGACUUUCAUGGCUAUACCCAGUAUCUUAUACUCAGAGAAGUUUUCCAGGGCCUUAAUGUGGGCUUUGUGGAUGCCUGGGACAUGACAGUGGCAUCUGCCACAGCGUCUGUUCAUCCUCCAGGGAACACGUUUGUCAGUAUUAUGAGCCUGACAUUUAGUUUUGCUUGUUAAUUUGAAAAGAUUGUGAUGAAGGAACAACGUAGAAUCACAAACACUUUCUUUGGAAAAUGCCCUUGGGAUUUUGGGAGGUGUCC